AUGGUGGUCCAUAAUCCAAAUAAUUGGCACUGGGUAGAUAAAAAUUGUCUUCCUUGGUCAAAGACUUAUCUUGAAAAUGAAAUCGUAAACACUUCAAUUGAAGAACAAGAUCUUACAAUUAUCAUCAAGAACUUGGAUUCAAUUAAUGGAGAUUGUGAUGUUACACAAAGAAAGGGUAAGGUUAAAUGUAUUUUCGAUUUAAACCUUGUUUUUGCUAUUUCUGGAACAUUAAAUGAAGAAGAAUUCAAUGGUACAGUAACCAUUGAUGAAUUCAUGCAUGAUUUGGAUGAUGAUGAAUAUAAUUUUAUCAUAAACAGUUCCAACACUUCAGAAAUUAAGAAACAUUUGAUCCCUGUGUUGAAGUCUAAGUUAAUGAACUUCCAACCUGAUUUGAUCAAAGCUCAUGAAAAGGACGUUCAACAUAGUUCAAAUUGA